UCAAUAACUGGGGUUAAUCUUUCUCAAUGAGGAAAAUUUUAAUAUGCCUCAAGCAAAUGAGGAAUAAAUCCAGGUCAGGGUAUACCAGAGUCUCACAUGAUAGAACAGUUAGAUACAAGCACAGGACUGAAGCAGAAGAGUGUGGUUUGGAGACCAGGGUGUUGGCACUAAUGAAAUCAAGAAGAAUGAGAAUAAAAGAAAUUUCUUAGUCUCUGGGAGAGCAAUGGCCUAACAUGGAUGUGAAAUAUACUGCUUUUAGCUUGAGAAAAACUAUGGUAGGUAAAAGAGGUGGAAAUAAACUCUCUGCUUCUCGACGUUCUGUAGGCAAAGGAAAUGGAAAUAAGAAAUAGCACAGUGGUGACAGAAUUCAUCCUUCUUGGUCUUAUCCAGUCUGCAGAUAUGCAGCCCCUGGUCUUUGUGCUGAUCUUAAUUUUCUACCUCAACAUCCUCCCUGGAAAUUUCCUCAUCACCCUCACCAACAGAUCAGACCCUGCUCUUUCAGCCCCACUCUACUUCUUCCUGGGCAACCUGGUCUUCCUGGAUGCAUCCUACUCCUUCAUUGUGGCUCCCAGGAUGCUGGCAAACUUCCUCUCUGAGAAGAAGGUGAUUUCCUACAGAAGCUGCAUCACUCAGCUCUUGUUUUUGCACUUCCUUGGAGGAGGGGAGGGGUUACUCCUCGUAGUGAUGGCAUUUGACUGCUACAUUGCCAUAUGUCGUCCUUUACACUAUUCAACUAUCAUGAGCCUUAGAGUUUGCUACACAUUAUGGUUGAGUUUGUGGUUUGGGGGCUUUGUCUACUCCAUUAUCCAGGUAGCGCUCAUCCUCCACUUGCCCUUCUGUGGCCCAAAUCAGCUGGAUAACUUCUUCUGUGACGUCCCACAGGUCAUCAAGCUGGCCUGCACAGACACCAUUGUAGUGGAGCUCCUUAUGGUCUUCAGUAGUGGCUUGCUCACUCUCGUGUGUUUCCUAGGCCUUUUAGUCUCCUAUGCAGUGGUCUUCUGCCAUGUGCAUAGGUCUUCUUCUGAAGGAAAGAGCAAGGCUUUGUCCACAUGUACAACUCACAUAAUUAUUAUAUUUCUCAUGUUUGGACCUGCCAUCUUCAUCUACACUCGCCCCUUCAGGGCCUUACCAGAUGACAAGGUGGUUUCUUUCUUUCACACAGUGAUCUUUCCUUUGAUGAAUCCUGUGAUUUAUACCCUUUGCAACCAAGAAGUGAAAUCUUCCAUGAGGAGGUUAUUGACUAGACAUGUAGUCUGCUAAGUGGAUUUUAUAAUGAGAGCUCAAGAAAGGGAAAUUCCAGCUGGAAAUCAUUCAUUCAUUUAGCAAUCACUAGUUUUUAUAGAACGCUCCCCAUCUGUCAGGCUUUUUUAUUGUAGGCAUCUGACCUGACAAAUGGGAAAUAUUCAAUAAAAACUAGAAUUUGUUAAGUAAAUGAAUGAUUUCAAUUGGAAGGAAUCAACUCGAUGGCAGUAGGUUUGGUUUAUGGUUUAUUGUUGGCACUGGGGAGGGAGUUAUGCAUACUGAGAAAAAAAAUUAUAUAUUUAAAGAAUAUAAAGAAAAUCAUGCUGAUUUGAGUAUAAUGAGUAUGUGACAUAUUUAAGGAUUCAAUUUAUUGUGACUGUAAAGGUCAAAUCAUACAAGUUCUUUUAGUCUUAUAGAAGGAGUUUGAUUAUAUUCUAACUGCAAUAAGAAUCUAUUUUAAGAUUUAAAGCAAAAGAAUGACUCAGCUAUAAUUGAUUGUUUUCUCUUCGGCUUAGGGCAACAUCCUCAAGACUGGGCAGAAAUCAGUAUGCUGUAAAACAACAUUAAAUGCCAAAUGCCUGAUAGCAGGUAUAUUUUGAAAUAAACUAUUACUUUUUUUUUCUAUUCAAAAUUUAGUAGAAGGAUAAGAAAGAAAGCUAAUAGGUUUCAUGGAAAAAUAUCAUGAAAUUAUUUCACUUUUUUUUUUUUAAGCUUCGUGAUUGUUACUAAUGCAUUUUCACAAAUCCUUCCUAGAUGUUAAAGCUUUCCCCAAAUUGACAUCACUCUGAUUGAGAUUAUGAUAAUAUUGUACACUACAGAAAUAGCUCUAAUUUUUUAAAUAUAAUAAGGCUUAAUGUGAAAAAUCAGGUACUUGUAAAAUCUUCUGAAGGACAGAAGGUCAUUUGUUAAGCUGGGAAUCCAGAAAUAAUUCCCAGAACAACACUGUAGAACUAAUCUGCUGAGUGACCUGUAAGUGCAACAAUCAGGAGACUGGGAAAACAAUGAGCUGCUUCAUCAGCUCUUAGCUCAAGGAACACACCA